AAAAAGCAAAAGCAUAGAAGCAAUUUCAUUUGGGUCUUCCCUUUCAGACUUGAGUUGUGAUUAUUUUUUUCAGAUAAAGCAAAGCAAUCUUUUGAUAGAUAGAAGCAUGUUUUGUUCUUAUUUUGUUACAUCAUAAUUUAUCAUUUAUCAUCUUCCCUUACAUGAACACUUUAACUACAAGUAUUAAUCAACAUUAAAGUUUUCUUUUUCCAUUUUUUUUUGGGUCAGAUUUUUUUCCCAUCAUCUUCAUUCAUUCUUUUCCGAUCACAUCAUUCAGAGGCACCAUAACAAACACUUCAGUUUCUGCAACAACAACCACCUUAAUUCUUGUCUUUUUCUGUUAUAGUCAAUUCAUUUUAACCUUUUCAAAUCCAUAAACGUUAUGUUCCAAGGAAACCCUCCUUCUUCUUCUGCUUCUUCUUCAUACACAAACCCACAACCUUGUCAGCACCUUGCUGAUUACAAGUUCAAGCAUGGCUUCAAUGGCUACAAAGCCAUUCAGAAGCUCCUUGUAACAACCCCAAUUGGGAAAACCACUGUGAAGAAACCAAACACAAAAGUACCAAGAUGCAGCUAUGGUUACUGUAAAAAUGCCUCUGAGGGAAGGUUCUAUUUAUGCUUGAUUUGUUCUUCAUUCACUUGUUUGGAUCACACCCGUUUGCACCCUCAAUCUAAUUCUGGUCAUGAUUUGUUUGUGGACAUUGAAAGGGCUGAACUUUAUUGUGGGGUGUGUAGUGAUCAGAUUUAUGACCCUGAUUUUGAUCAAGUUGUUAUGUCAAAGCACUCAUUUCCAAAAGGUUUUGUUGUUACUGAGGAUGAGAGCAUUGGCCAGAGAUUGAUCAAGAGGAGGAGAAUGCUUCCUGGGGUUGUUUUUGGAUUGGAUUUGCAAAGAACAAAAUUGAGGGAUCUGAGGGAAAAAUCAUGUUAUCCAAUGGGUUUGAGGGGUUUGAACAAUUUGGGUAGCACAUGCUUCAUGAAUUCUGUGCUGCAGGCUUUGCUACAUGCUCCUCCUUUUAGGGACUAUUUCUUGAGUGGUGGACACCAUUCCGAGACUUGUUCGAGAAGAACAGCAAUGGCAGAUCGGAUUUGUUUGAUUUGUGAUGUCAAUGAUAUCUUUUCAGCUGUGUUUUCGGGAGAUCGAAAUCCGUAUAGCCCUGCUCAGUUUCUAUACAGCUGGUGGCAGCAUUCAGCAAAUUUAGCAAGUUAUGAACAGCAAGAUGCUCAUGAGUUUUUCAUUUCAUUGUUAGACGCACUCCAUGAGACUGGGGGGAAAACAAAGAACGGAAGCAGAGGUCAUGGAGACUGCGAAUGUAUUGCUCAUAGGGUAUUUUCGGGGCUAUUGAGAUCAGAUGUGACCUGUAUGGCCUGUGGAUUCACCUCAACAACCUUUGACCCUUGUAUGGAUAUUUCCCUUGAUUUGGACACUAAUUUCUCUUUAGCUGAAAAGGGUAAAAAGCCGAUCAAACAGAAUGAGGAAGGCAGUAUGUCUACGCUUUUUGGUUGUUUAGAUUUGUUCACCCGACUCGAGAAGUUGGGGUCCGACCAGAAACUCUACUGCCAGAAUUGUAAGGAAAGGCAGGAUUCGUUGAAGCAAAUGUCUAUUGGCAAGCUUCCAUUGGUACUUAGUCUGCACGUGAAACGUUUCGAGCACUCCUUUGUUAAAAGGUCGUCAAGAAAAAUAGAUCAGUACCUACAUUUUCCUUUUUCAUUGGACAUGACCCCAUACUUGUCCUCCUCAAUCCUCAGAGCCAGACACGGAAACAGAAUUUUCACUUUUGGAGGCAAUGAAUCAGAUAUGUUUUCCAAGUAUGAGAUCUUUGCAGUUGUGACACAUUCUGGGACGCUUGAGUCCGGUCAUUAUGUUUCCUUCGUGCGGUUAAGGAGGCGGUGGUACCGAUGUGAUGAUGCUUGGAUUACCGAGGUCGAUGAAGCGACAGUCAGAGCCUCGCAGUGUUAUAUGAUUUUUUACGUGCAGAAAACACUGUACAGUAAAGCCGGCGAAGAUCUUAGUCAUGUCCCAAAGUCCCCUGAAAGAGAUCUCUUUCUCCCUAUUGUGGGGUGUUGCUAGAGAGACAUUAAAGGGAGUUUCAUCUUUCAUGGCAUCAGUUGAUAGAUUAUAAUGUGCAUCUUCUGUACACUGAAGACAGCUUUAUGCUCACUUGCUCAUUGAAAGAACUCAUUGUCUUCAGCAAGAUGGAUUCACAAAUUCCAUUGAGCAUGUUAAAAAUUUCAGAUGAUGAAAAGUAUCCAUGGGAAGGAAAUCGAAUAGCUGCGUCCUGCGAAAAUCCCAUUCAGCGGUUUUGAAACUAGGAUUAAGGAGACAGAACAGCAGAAACUCAACCCCCUUUAAAUUUUUUAACAGCUAUUCAUGUUUUGCUUACUCAAAUUCUUUGAUUGCAGUUUAGUCA